GUGGCCGAGUCAGUCGUCCAGUGCAACUGCAGUCGAGCUGUCGAGCAGUUCCUAAGUUUCAACUCCUGUGUGUCAAGUGUUCCCGUAAAAAAAACCCCAAAAAUCCGUGUAAAGCCGCGUGCCCCGACUAAAACCCCACAAAACCCACCUAAACCCCGAAAAAAAAGCCUAAAAAUGGCUGAAGGUGACGCAAAAGUGAACAUGUCUCUCGAUGACAUCAUAAAGCUGGACAGGAAAGAUAAAAAGAGAAAGGUCAUGGUGAAUGGUAAGGGUGGAGGGAGGAAGAAUCGUCAGGGUAAGGGCCAGCCGGGGCCCAGGGGCCAGUCGGGGCCCAGGGGUCAGCCGGGGCUCAGGGGUCAGCCGGGGCCCAGGGGCCAGCGGGGCAAUAAGGGUAAUAACCUACGUGGACGUGGGGCUAAUAACAUGAAUAAGAAUGUUAAUGCGCCUAAGAGCCAGGCCUGGCGUCUUCAGCGUCAGCAGAGCAAUGCUGACUUUGUGGCGAAGCGUUACAACCAGAACGUCGGCCCCAAGAGGCUCCAGAACAAACAGAAUGUCAAUAAAGGCAAUGAGAGGAAGGGACAGAUCAACAGCUCCAGGCAAGGCUUCGCUGCGAGGCGAGCGCCUGCUGCUGCUGGCCUUCGUGGAGGGAAGACUGGGAUGACGCGAGCCAGGAGCCGAAACAAUAUCCCUGGGGCUAAGAGGUUUAUGGACCCGCCCAAGGGCAUCAAGAGGGUCAGCAGCUUGCCGAAUCUCAGGGAUCCCAACUCGGUUUACAAUCGCCUUGGCUAUCAGAGCCCUGCGCAGGUCGCCUACAGGAACAGGGUCAAGAGGGCUAAGCAACUGCUGCUGCAACGACAGAGCCAGAGACUUGUGCCCAAUGAUUUGGUACCACGUCUAGCAAAAUCCCUGUCACUUCUGAAACAACGUGUAUUGGAGACACGCCAACGAAUGCUCACAACCCAAAGAGGCUUCAACGCCGGUGGACUGCGUUCAGAUCAGAUUCUUCGAGCCCAGAGACGACAACAGUACAACCAGAAGCUCUUGAGGAUGAGUGCUGCUCGGGUCAAUCCAAACCCCAACGUAAACUUCAUGUGCACACUUGGUGAUGAAUAUGGCCCAAGACAACGUUCUCGUUCAAUGAGUCGGGGUGGGAGUAUGCGUGGCAGACGACAAAUGUCACGAGGGCGUUCACCCUACCGACAGAAUCCACAAAAUUUCAACCAGCACCUGCCAAGAGCACCCCUCUUCAGACGUUCCCGAUCCCGUUCAAGUUCUCGCUCACGUUCACGCACAAGGACAGUACCCCUGAUCCAUUCAAACACAAACGUCGAUGAUCGCACCUUCAGCGAAGUCAUGUACAGCGUCUCGAACAAUCUUGGAGUCACCGGGCGAACCCUCAACGACAGAUUUACUUUCUAAACACCUAGCAAGGGCUAUCUACACUCUUAUUGGACGUUAUUGAAGACUGCUAAAAGAUGAAAAACAUUCAAAAUACUGAAAAUCUUUCACUUCUCAAGGAGGAAAUACCGAGAGCCGAGUGGCGUGCACCCGUGUGCAUUCGUGUAUAGAAACAUUUAUCGAUGAGACGAAUUAGUGAAAUCAUAAGGAAACACUCGUCCUUUGAGCUAGAUGCUAUACAGUGAGGCUGUCGUUUUUUUGUGUAUAAAUUUACACAAGCAAAAUUUAAGGAUUAUUUAAGAUGUCAUCACCAUUUUUGCCAUGAGGGGAGGAAAUGAUUCGUUUCAUAUAUUUUAGUCGAGUAAUUUCAUUUUGUGUGAUUGAAACAAAAAUUACGUUUUUUUUUCUCUUUUAUUAAGACUAGGAUUAGGAAUAUAAUACACUGAGAGCAUUGAAUAAGCGUAAUUCUGUAGAAUUUUAUCGAAAAAUGUUUUUUUUCUUGAUAAAGUCGAUGACACUUUGUUUAUUAACUAGUGAUACUGAGAGAGAAGUACCUUGUAUCAUGUAGGGGAGAACACGGUGGGAAAAGUGAGGGGAGGAGGAAGGAAUGUAUUGUUCUAACCAGGGGGUACGAUGCAUCUGAAGGUAAUGCUGAGGAUUGAGAGAGUUGAAUAAACUAGUGCUGAAAAUUGAAA